AUGAAAAAUUAGAAUAAAUUAGAAAUUUCGUCUGUAUAUCCUAAUGAUAGUGAUUCUUAAGAGAUUUACCCACUAUAUGACAUAUCUAGAGCAAGAAUUUUUGAUACGGAAGACUUUUUAUAAUAAACAUUGUACACUAUAAUACGACAAUGUUAUGGGUGUAGAAAUUUGACUAGAAUGUGGCCUAAAUUAUCAUAAUAAUAGAUAACCAAAAGUAAAUAUGAAAACUAUUAUCAAAAAAUAAUCAAUAAUCGAAUUUCAAGAUUUCCCUAAUUGAAUGUAUAGGCGAUUCAAUAGAUAGAAGGGAAGCGUUAUAAAAUAGUGCUCUAUUCUGAAUUAAUGUUCAGAUUGCAUCCUCAAAAAAUGGUGUGUUGCAUUUGUGAAAAGGAAAUAUUGCUCAGCAUUGUAGAGGAACAUUCACAAUUAUGUCUGAAAAAACACAUGCUUAAUUAGGACAUUUAUGCAAUAUAGGAUAAGAUCCAGGAGUUAUCAGAGGAAAUUAACAAUAAGGAAAUUGAACUCAUAACCAAAAUAAAUUUGUAUACUAAAUAAAGGAUGUCAGAGAAAAAUUUAAGUCAUUAAAACAGUCCAGUAAUGAACAGAAGCAAAUAAUAAAUUACACUUUCGAAGUUUGCUCAAUAAAGCGAUCAGAGAUAAAGAGGAUUAUAGAGAGCAAAAACAAUAAACAUCUCAGAAGACAAUAGUAUAAGUGAAUUUCCAACAUUCCAUUAAAGAAAACCAGGUAGGAAUUUUACUCGUUUAGAAUCAUCUAUGAGCAUGAGUCCAGAUAGCCAAAAAUAAAUAAAAUGUGCUAUAUCUUUACUGAAAGUCACUCAAUAAUAUUGUUAAAAAAUAUUAAAAUAAGAUAAUUCAUUUGUUUUGGACAUAGAUGCCAAAUUUCAAUCCUUGAUCAAAUUAGGGUUACCUGAAAUAAACCAUUUGAAUGAUGUAAGUGAGUUAAUGAAGAGAUCUUUGAGUUUGAUUACAUAACGACUAGCAUUAAAUAAGCAAGCCAAUAAGAUUGAUGCAGCAUAAUAGUAAUUGCAAUGUGGAUCAAUUGAAAAAUUAAAAAAAAUAUUCCAGAAAGGGUUAUCAAAUUCUUAUAAAUAAGCAGGAACUUCAUAAAAUAGUCGAAACAAAAAAGGAGGGCAUAGUGGAGGAAAGGUUAGGAUUAUGGAUUUAGUCAAACCAUCCAAAUUCAACCAAAGAUAAUAUAAGGAGGAUUAGGAAGAAUGUUAAUAUCAAAUUCAAUAAACUCCAAUUUAAGAAUAGAAAAUAGAUUCUUUAGAAUACAUUACAUUUUCUCCUUCUGAAGAGAAUGCAAAUUAAAAUACAUAAUAAUUAUUAAACAUUCACAUUUACUCCCAAUAAGAAGAUGAUGAUAGUGAUGAUGUUCAAUAGAAUAUGUUUAUUAGAGGGUAUUACUCUGAUUCUGGAAUCACUCUGAGAAUUCCACAAUAUAAUUAAAAGAUAAUGACAGUGGGAUUAAAAGAUUUUGAAUUCUAAGAGGUAUUGGGUGUGGGAGCAUAUGGAGCAGUUUGGAAAGUAAGAAAAUUAAAAACAAAUGAUGUUUAUGCAAUGAAAGUGAUUGAUACUCAAUAGUAAUCAAGUCAAAACUUUUUUGAAACUCUAAAAGCUGAGAGUACUAUAUUUUCAGUUCUUGAAGGGGAUUUCGUGGCAAAAGCUUACUAUUCCUUUAGUCAUUCGGAUUGUUUGUUUUAUGUCCUUGAAUAUGUAAAAGGAGGUGAUUUUGAUAAAAUCUUAAGAAAAUAUGGUGCUUUGGAUGAACCCAUAGCUAAAUUCUACAUCGGAGAAUUACUGUUGGCAAUCGAGGCUUUACACAAGAAACAGAUCAUUCACAGGGAUUUGAAACCACAAAACAUCUUGAUUGAUGGAAAAGGUCAUUUAAAGUUAACGGAUUUUGGAUUAUCAGAAAUAGGAAUGAAAUUAUAUAUGAAACAAUCUGAACCUAGUUAAGCUCUUAAGUUGCAACAAUAGUUGGAUAAUAAAAUUAAGGAUUUGGUAAGCAGUGAGCCGAAGUCUCCGAGGUUUGAUCAUUGCAUUUCGAUAAAGGCCAGCAAUCAUAAUAAACAUAGGGUUGUUGGUACUCCAGAUUAUAUUGCUCCUGAGGUCAUUAGGGGAGAGUCCAUAAGCAACGAAUCCCUUGAUCAAUGGAGUUUAGGGGUGAUCACUUACGAAUUCCUGGUGGGCAUCCCUCCUUUUAAUGAUGAUACGCCAGAAAAGAUUUUUGACAACAUUUUGCAAAGAAACAUUACAUGGCCGGAAAUUGGAGAUGGAGAAAACCAAUUGAGUCCCAAGGCCCAGGACUUUAUUGAAAGAUUACUGGACCCUAAUUACAAAACUAGGAUGACUCUUCAAGAAGCCAAACGACAUUCUUUUUUUAAUGAUAUCAAUUUCGAUACUCUUCGUAAAUAACCUGCUCCCAUCAUACCUGAUAAUGUACCUGACGAUCAACCUUUGUUGUUGAUUAAGAAAUAGAGAGAGAAGGAUAAACUCACAAAAUUACUUCGUGAUACUUCUAGUGAAAACUCUACCAUUUCAAAGUUAGGUGUUGACAAUUUAUUAAGGCUUGAUUUACUUGUAGAAAUGAAUUAAUAAAAAGCUCAUUAAUUAAGAAAAAAAUAUCAUUGA